AUGGUCUCCAUGUCUCUAUCCAUGCAUCCGUGCCUCAUCCUGCUCCCUCCUUUUCCAUCCCCCACCUCCGUUUCUAUCCUCCCUCCUACCCUUUCCUCCUCCCUCCAUCACCGGAGGCUGCUGGAGCUGAUUCCUGAGGCGACUCAGAUGCUGCUGGAGCUGAUACCUGAGGCAAAGCAAAUGUUCUCUAUGACGCGCCGAGCCAAGGAGCCGCACCGCGAGAACAAGCUGCUGCAGGCACAUGCCACCACGGCCAUGCGCAUGGUGUGUGCAGCAGCAGUGAAGCUCGACAAGCAGAAGGAGGUUCGGUCUUUAAAGACGACUCUAGCAGACCUCGGUUCUCGACACUUGCUAUUUGGCGUCACAAGCGAACACGCCCCGAAGCUAAGAGCUGCCUUUGUGGCUGUGCUCUCAGACGCUCUGGGGGACGAGUGGGGAGGAGACGUGGAGCAAGCCUGGGUGGCUGCUUACAAUGCCAUUGAGUACAUGUUUCUAGUUGGAUUCCUAGUGGCCAAGCACAAGUUUAGCAAGCUAUGA